CAUUCGAUGGAAUUUCUUUUUUUGUUUAAUGGUUUCAUGACUAAAAGUUCAACUCAUCAAUGAUAAGUGCUUGGAGAUAGCCCGGGUCCUGAAACAACAAACAUAAUGAAUCUUCACUGAGUAAAUCCAGACAAAUCAAGAUUAUUUGCAUCCGAUCUUAAAUUUGUCCUUUUGAUGACCCGUCGCUCUGGGCCGGGGGGUACUUAACAAAAUUCUACGCAAAGUUUGUCCUUCUGAAUCUUCUAGCAUUGCUAACACAGACAGAAAUAAUCGGUGCAAAUCAGCUUGGAUAUUUGUAUGAUUAGCUGACUGGACAGAAAGGAAAGAUUCUAUCUGAGACAAAGAGGAAAACUGAACGAAAGUCACAGAAAUGGCUGGUCCCUAUGGACGUCUUCCACCUGGUACAACGAAUCUUACGCUUAUACAUGGCAUGGGCUUAAACCCGUUCAAUAUGGAUUUUGUGAAACUUGAGGCACUCAAAUAUGAAGGCCCUCCGAGAAAACAGCGCAGGGAGCGAACCACAUUUACUAAAGCUCAACUUGAAAUCCUGGAGGAUCUCUUCAGCAAAACAAAAUAUCCUGACAUCUUUAUGAGAGAAGAUGUCGCUACGAAAAUCAAUCUGCCAGAGAGCAGAGUGCAGGUCUGGUUUAAAAACAAGCGCGCCAAGUAUCGCCAACUGAAGAAACAACAACAAGAAACGCAAACCAAAGCAGACCAGGUCAAAGGCAAACCAUGUUCCUCUUCACCACAACCAGGGAACCAAGCUAUCAGUCCGGAACCCAACAAAACAUCGAAAAAUUUGAACUUUAGAGGAGUCGCAAUACCACAGAAUGACGUCACAGAGUUCCUGAAACACAGCAAUCUACUGAAACAAAACAUUGAAAAACAAGAAGGUUAUCGGCCUUUUAAACCAGUUGAUAACGCUGUUGAAGACCAUUUAAUGGAUCUGGCGAAUUACGUUCACAAAAAAUGUAUGACAACUUAAUCGACAGAUUGAAAAAAGACAGCCAAGAUUACGAAAGGAGGUUAAUCAAAUGGUUACAAAGCUUUCUGUGAACGACCAAUACCCAUCAGAAAAAGUUUUUUUUCUCAUAUUUCCUAUCUGUGACGUAUCCGGUUUAUUAUUGCCUAGUCCUUCCCUACUCCCUGUCAAUCUAGCUACGCCCACAAAAGACUUCUUCGCUAUUCAUAUUCAACCAGUGUCAAACACAUUACCUUUCGUUUGACGUUGAAAAUAAGACCUUGCAUCUUUUGCUCAAAUAAGUGCCAUGUGUGUAUAUACCUUAACAAAUGCCUUCGUGAUGAUGUUGAAUUGAAAAGUAAGUCCUGCCAUUUCCAUAGUUGAUCAUGUAAGUGUUGAGAAAUCAAAAUUAAGUGUAGAGUUAGCUACAGAGAAGUCAAUUUAAAUUUUAAUAAACUCUUACCGAUUCUUUUCAUAA